UUGUAUAUUUGUGGGUUUUGAAGUGCGCAAAGUUUAGAGGAACAAAUAUGUCUCUGAAAUCUGUGAACUCGUUUGUUAAAUGCGUUACAAAAAAACAACGAAGUGUGUCCUCUGAAAAUCAAAAGAACCAUGAAAUAAAUGGCAAACUAUUCACAUCGACGGAUACAGCUUUAGGGAAACAAAAUUUGAAGGUGCCUGCGCCUGUCGAUUCCAAGACGGAGAAAGGCAAGCAGCCCGGCAUAUUCCAUAUUGUCUCGCACACAGAUGCGCAUGAAAUAUGUGAAUAUUUUGCGGUUGAUCUGCCACCAGAAAAGAAGGAAUCGCGCGAUAAUAUAGACAAAGUGCUUUACCUGCUCGCUGCUGAAAGUGCCGAGAGCACUGCUGUGCCAAAGACAACGGAAGGCUAUUAUAAAAUGGAGCAGUUGGAUGGUGCAGCAGCUGAGAUGGGGCACGAGAAUGAUCCGGAAUUCAGGGCCAUUGAACAACCCGAACAGGCGGCAUGUAGGGAUCUCAAUCAGUGGCCCAAAAAUGCACAGAAGGAUGUCAGAUUGGGCGGCAUUGGCUCCGGUUCGGAAGAUACCAAAGACAGUUCCGUAUGCCAUGAUUCAACGAUGGAUAAUGAGCAGCAGAAUGCGCCCUCAGCUACGGAAAUAAAUGGGUGCAAUAUUGUGAUAGAUAAAGCCAUCAGCGAUGGGAAAGUGCAGCUAAAAUACGAAGAUUCCCAGCAGUUGCCAACAGCGAAAGAUCCCCGGGAAAUGCCGGACAGGGAAGAGUACGAGUCUAUUGAUUUCAUACAAGUGAUGAACGAUGGGCUUGUGGAGGAGCUCAAUCAGGUGAAGGAACUCUCCACUGCCGCAGCCAUGGCACUGGAAGAAGGAGAAGUGAGCAGAGAUUCGGAUAUGCAGCUCCUCCAGGAAGAACAGCAACAACAACAACUGCAGGCCAGCGACUGCGAGGAGGGUGAAGUGCUCAGCGAUGAUUCAUUCUACAAGCCGGACAAAGGGGACGGACAGAAGGGCCACAACUACUAUCAGAUGUUUGAGAAGAAACAGCUGCCACGGGCUGGCCUCAGAGCUCCGGUGAAUUAUUUGAUGGGCAUGCACCCGUACGAGCAGUUGGAUGCAGAUCUGGCCUACUUCCCACCGCACAGGCCACUCAUGCGGAUUGGCCCGUUGCUGCCGACGCCAUUGUUCAUGAAGGCAUUGCCCAUUGGCGUGGCAGAGAAUCGCCCACGGAAGGAGCUGGGCACCCACCAGACCACCACAACGGAUGGCGCUUCGAUCUCGUGGCGAAGCGUGCGCGCAGACUCCCCCACCAGGGAGCCGGAGUUGCUGCGAUCUGGGGGCUCAUCGCCUGUCCAGCGCAAGACACCGCACUCGCCGCCAGUCCAGCGCAAGACACCGCACUCCCCACCAGUCACCCUGAGGAGAUCCCGCUCCAGAUGCCCGUCGCCCAGUGUGUCGCCUCCCAGAUAUGCCCGACACUUUGCCGCAACGCUGGCCACCGCCCAGCGACGUCGUUCGCGCAGUUCCAGUCGCACAAAAUCGCGACGCUGCUUCAGUUCCAGUUCCAGUCACAGUCCAGCCCACCGGACUGCUGCUCUGCACUUGUCGUUUAGUCCACGCAGUUCGCCAAGUCCGCCAAAUCGGUCUGCAAUGCGUCAUCCGGCGAAUCGUUAUCAUUCGCCCACUCCCCCCAUGCGCCGUCAAGCGCCCAUUCGUCCCAUGAUCCGGCAAACGCCCAUUCGUCCCAUGCGCCGUCGAUCCCCUAGUCUUUCCAUGCGCCGUCGUUCCCCUAGUCUUUCCAUGCGCCGUCGUUCGCCCAGUCCUCCCAAACGCCCUCGUUCGCCCAGUCCUACCAUGCGCCGUCGUUUGUCCAAUGCGCCCAAGCAAUCUCAAGUUAUUGUCCGUUCCAAGCUGAUGACCAAAGCGGCUGCCCAGCCACGUUUACGCAAUGCAUCGCCCAUGGCGAAACGAAAGCGCAAGUUGAGCACCUCAUCGAGCAGCUCUUACGCCACCACAGACGGUUCCACAUCCUCCUCCGAUGAUGCACUAAGCACUGAGCAGUGUCGCGUGCAGCGCAGCAGAAGGACACCCAAAAAAGGGCCGCACACACCAACAGGAUCACCGCCGACAACACCACAAGCGGACGGACCGGGACCGGCACCGGCACGCAAAAAGUAUUUACAAAUGCAAUUGGCGCGUUUGAAUGAGAAAAUUGGGGCAGCGAAAAGAAUGCGCCAGUUUAAGCUGAAAUUAGCAGCUAAAACGGAGGCCAGAUACCGCAGCUAAAACCCAAACGAUUUUUGUAGCUUUCGAAUGAGAAUUUUAAGCAAAGAAUAAGAAAUCCAUAACGAUGAUGACUGGCAGGAUGCAGGCCGUGUAAACAGCCGUGUAUGACUACGGCCCAGGUGGCAGCAGACAACAUACCCAUAAACCACACAAAGGACUACGUAGGAACAGCAACAAGGAGGAGAGCACAGCACAGC